UUUGUGGUUUUGAUGACGUCACAGUGUCUUGCUAUCCGCUAUCCGUAUACAAGGCACGGAUAUCUCGCUCUCUACACGUAAGUAUUAAACGCGUAUUGAAAUUUCACAUUUCUAAUAAUUCCCUGUUAGUUUAUUGCCAUAUGAUGAUUAGAUUUUAAAACAGAUUAAUUGCUGAACAUGUACAUGUCAUUUCUUUGUAUUUCAAAACUUUGGAAUACGACAAGAUUAGCCACAAAAUCAGGUACCAAAAGUGGGUGCAGAGUGGUUCUCCGCUGUCGGAAAUAGACUUCACUUAGCUACAAAAGUACAAACCUGACCCAAGUGUGCUAGCUGUCGUUUUAGCUGUAUAGACCUGUGAAUGUGGUUAGCCACGUUCUGUUCAUAGGCUGGACUUUCAAAAACCUUCUAGUUCUGCAGUAGACGUACGUCUGUCGAUUUUCCUUACAAAUGACAGAUCCUAUGCCACUGCCACUAAGUUAUAAGUAGAAGUUCUUGGAUAAACUUAGCCUAGGCUAGGCCUACGGAAUAUGCUGAAAAUAGAGUGCUCGUAUAAUUUUGAAAUUGAAGUGGAGGGUCUGCAACCAGGAUUUCAAACACUUUGAAUGUCCAGUUCAUAUAAACAAACCGUGACUAGUCAUGUAUGUAUAUAAAUAUAGCCCAGUUCACAGGUCUAGCAUGUCGGCAAGUGGCAGACUAGAGCAUGUGCGUUUUUUUAAACCAGCUUAUACAUGUAUAUGCUUUUCUGUCAGUUAUCCGGUCAAAGUUUUUCAUAUAGUGUUGUUAUAAUUAUCUUUCAGGAUGGCUUCAACUUCAAGCGCAAACAAAUCCUCUACAAGGUUUUACCCUGCUUUGGACAUACUCGUCUUAAAGCAAGUGCUAGCUGAUUGGCCAAUUGGUGACACCAAAAAAUGGGAAACGUUGACCCAAAAACUGAAUGAGGCUGUAAGACUGAUGAGACCGGAUGGCCAAGUCACCAUGAGGGGUUGCAAAGACCGCUUCAGAAAGCUUCUGUCUGCCUUCAAAGCAGAUGAACUGGCAUCACUAAGAGCCUCAGGAACUGAUGAGGAGUAUGGAGAACGAGAGCGGCUACUGGGCGAAAUUGUGGAGCUGGAAUCUGAGAUGGAUAAGAUGAAAGAAGAUGCAGCGAAGGUAGAGAAGAAAAAGCUGGAGCAGGGAGAGACUGUCCGGCAAAAAGCCCUUCAAAGUCUCACUGAGCAGGCUGAAGGAUUGAAUGAUGAAGCCAGGAUGCAGACCCCCUCUCCACUCAAGAAACGCAAGAAAGUUGAAAGCUCCGACUACAUCCAGUACUUAAAGGAGAAGACAGAGAAGGAAUUUGCUUUCAAACAGCAGCAGCUUGAGCUAGACAAAGAACGUUUUGUACUGGAGAAGAAAGAGCGACAAGCCAAGUUGGCAUAUGAUUCACAAGUGUUGCACCUUUUGCUGAAACUAACAAAGAAGGAAGAUUAAAUCAAAUGACUUCCUUCUUUCUCUUGGUUGUUACCUCAACACGACAGUUCGUCCAGUUUUAUCACAUCACAUUGAGAGUUGAGACCUAAAAAAUGUUGAAACAGUUUUGUUGUUGAAACAGUUUUGUUGUUGAAACAGUUUUGCAAUCUAAAUUGUAAUCUAAAGGAUGGUUCAUAGUAAAUGCUCAAUGCAUAGUAAUGUUCAAUGAAAGGGCAGUGGUUGACUUAUGGAAAUUGCUCUGACUUUAAUUUUCUUUAGUGUGAAGUAUAAUUCAGAACAAAUAAAAGUAAAAUCCAUUAAAUAAAUAAUGGCUGUUACAAUGUA